AUGGAGAGGAAGCACCUAACAAGGUAUUGGGCAGAAAGCACGAAGAAGAAAAUACACGACUCGAAGAUUAACGAAUUGAGAGAGCAGUUUCCAAUCCUAAACGAAUACGAUGAUAAGGAUCUGACAAUCUGGAGAGAAGCCUUCAACAAAAUGGACAGAGAUAACGACAACUUCAUCUCUCAUGCAGAUCUGCAGAAAAGUGAUUGGAGUCUGGAAAAAUAUAAUCUAUUUCAAAACUACGAUAUGGAUCAGAAUAACCUCAUUGAUUUUGGAGAGUUUAUCCAAGCGGUCAUCGAUAUCGACACGCAGUAUUUUAAAAAUUUCUUCCAGGGUUUUAGCAAAAUAGACAUCGAGUUGGAGUUCCAGAAAUAUGCCAUCACCGAAAAGGAAGAGAACAAACAGGUCAUCCCCCUGACGAAGCUCAUGCAGAUGCUUAGGGACAAAGAGUUCACGUGCGUCACACACACAGACUCACAGAAGCUACUCAACGCGAUGGAUUUUAACAAAGACGGCGCGCUCGACUUGGAAGAUUUUCUGGCGGUUGGCUCGGCAAGAAGUAGUACCUCCAUAUUUGGCAAGAUCAAAGAGGAAGAAACACACAUAUGUGUAGUUAUCUUCCCUCAUAUCAGCACAGGUGAAGGGACGUAA